GCAGAACAGUCUCAAGCAGCACACACCGUCAUGUGUCGGUAGAAUACCAGCGGAACAACAGCAACUUCCCACUCAAAGGAUCUUAGACCAGUCUAGGGCUCGGUAUACCGCUGAGCAGCUACUCACAGACCUUUGGCCACUUUUCGAUCUCGGCGCAACUGCGGAUCGGAGAGGAGAUAGUCUAUUUGAGGUUGUGUGAAUGUGUUAUAAUAUUUUGAAAAUUAGGCCGGAAGUGUCGUUGAGCGGAUGUUUGAAGUUGGACCUGUCGUUAAACUGCGCCAUCGCCCGCAAGCUGUGAACGACACCGAUUGAGUUAAGGUUCUGCUAACACAGUGGAACUCAGCUCCAGUAGUUUUAUUUCUCAGAAAGAACGGUGAAGGAUAAUUGGAUAUCUGUUGGAUAACGUCCUUGUGGUCAAAUACAAUGAUCACCAGAAGAAGAGGCCGCACUAUGAACAACACAGAGUUGCCAUUUCUGGAGGUUGAAGUUGAAUCUGACAAAGAUCUCCCAAGUACGUCUCAGGGGUUCCCGGCUCAUGAUAUCAAUACGGCAGAAAUGGAGCUAGACGAUCUCUUUGGAAUCGAAGACUUGAAAUGGACACUUGAAAGAGAUGUUGCCUCCCCACUUUUUGAUAUUGACUUGGCUGAUCUUGGUGUGUGCCGUGCCAUUAAUGAAAGUUCUGGAAUUGAAGCUUCAGGAGGCUCAUCACCAGAGAGAAUGUCUUCUGAUUUGAAGGUGAAGAACAGACACAACCAGUCAAGCCACGUGAUCAACAAAAAUGCCAUUGCUGCAAGAUUGAAUCGUCUGAAGAAAAAAGAAUAUGUCAACAGCUUGGAGAAGAAAGUUUGCACCCUGUCAACAGAAAACAACCUGCUCAAACAGGAAAAUUCCCAGCUGAAUAAGAGAGUGGAAGAGUUGGAAGAUGAGACCAGGUACCUGAGGGCUGUGCUGGCCAAUGAAAGCAUGUUAGCUCAGCUCUUGUCCAGACUGAGCGGUGUGAAUGGGAUGAAAUUAUCUUGCUCGCUUUUCCAGGGGCUCCACUCAAAUGACCAUGACUACGCCUUACCCAGGAAGCGUGUGAAAGUGGAGGAGAAAGAGACAUCUGGUGGCAUAUGUCUGCACGUGGACAAGAACCAUGUCUCGGUAGAGUUCUGCACCAAGUGUGCCGAGAGUGCAAGCACGUCGCUUAAAAUUUUCUUCUAGGUAAUGGUUGAUCGACCAUGCGGGAUGAGUGGCUUUCUGAACACCUUUACCUGCCUGACUCCAUGUGGAUUCUGCUGGUGGAAGGUGAAGAGGCUGGACAAGCAGCUGCCAACGCGGCCUGGUAUUUUUUCAAAGGUAGUAUCGGUAACAAAUGGUAUUUGUCAACUUAAAUUUUCCAAUACUCCACAACAUCUGUAGCUUAAGAUCUGGUGCAUUUUUGGAGGCUGACUACAGCUGCCACAUUACUUAGAGAAAUUCUACUAGAGGCUUAAUAGUCUGACUUCUGUCUGACUUUUGUCUUGUGUGUGUGUAUAUAUAUAUAUAUAUAAUAUUGGAAUGUAUUAAUUAAAUACAUCCAUCUGCUUCAAGUGGUGAAAUUUGCCAGUUUGGAUCAAGUGUAUCAAAAUGUGAAUGUGUAUAUAAUUUGGAAUAUGUACUGUUUGAGGUAAAUGACCUUUUGAGAAAUGUUGGACUAAUAAAUCAUAUUUUUGUUAUGUUUGAGUUACAAAUAUCUACUGUGUCUUGUUCUGUACUUUUGAUAUUAAUGCAUCUCUUUUUCUCUCUCUAAACAGCAAGCUCUCUGCCGAUAAAGGUCUUACUUUUCCUGAACGUUGGGUUGGUAAAGGUUAUCAAAAAAAAAAAUGACCAAGACCUCAUUGAUGGAAGUACGAAGUACACAUUAGAGGUUCAGUAGGGAUUUAUCAUCCUGCACAUGUUUGAGUCCAUUAACUUGAAGUCGCUGAAAGUUACUGCUUUCAUCUAUCAAUGCUUUAUCUUUAAGGUCACUGUUUUAAAUGACAAGUGAAAUCAAAACAGGUUUUUUUUUGUUUUCAUGGGCCUGAAUCGUUCCAUUCAGCGGCAUCAUGCCAAGCCUUAAAGAACCUCAGCCACUAGCUCACAUCAGGGGGUAGUUAAUCUUCACACUAGCAUUUUUUUUAGUCUUUCAGAUGUCAGCAUUGUUUCAGUGUUUCCUGUAUUAAACUGGCAAUAGACAAGUGUUCUGCUUUAAUAUAUCGGUUUGAAGUAACUGUUGAUUGCAUGAUGUAAUGCCUAUAGAUUGACAACCAUCUGCGUUGUGAUUUGUUCACUGUAAGGCACACUUUCAUUAUGCUAUUUUGUGACCACCAGGCGCUAAAGACUUUUUUUUAAGUGUGAACGCAAUCCCCAGGAGUAAAAACAUUUUACAUUUUACAUUUAUGGCAUUUAGCAGACGCUUUUCUCUGAAGAGAAGUACAUUUGUUACAAGAUGGAAACCAUGACAUAUCACCAUCCAGUAAGUAAAAAAGAAAAAAAUAGAAACAAUUGUCAAGCCCUCAUCUGAGGAUUGUAGCUGCUGUCUGUCAAGGAUAACUUUACUGCUCAAGUGCUAUGAUUAGGGUUCAGAGGGAGUUGUGCUAUGCAGGGUAAAGGUGAAGUCUGAACCAAAAAGUCAUUGGUAAGCUAGAAACAGCUACAUCUCGGUCGCAUGACUUCAACUUCACCACCACUGAGGAUUUACUACACUAUGAUAUAUAGUCUUAGUACUAAUGGAUAAAUUGACAAGUAGCACAAGGCACGGGUCGGGUAUUGGUGAACCUAAUGACCAGCCGUCUUCAUGUCACUCCACAAGCAGUCCAUUUAUUUGUCACGACGGAUCUUGAU